UACCUAUGCCGCUCGCUGCGCAUGCGCAUUUGUCUUCAUCUGCUGAAAGACAUGGCGACGUCCCUGCUUUGCGGCUGUUUGACGGCUACCCUGAGAACACCAGGGGCCAGGAACACUAUCAGCUCCGCCACCAAGGUUCUUGGUGGUUCCUCAGGUCUGUUUGGGGGCCAUGUGUCUCAGCCACUACCCCCCCACCUGCAGCAGCAGCGGAGGAACCUCUCCCUACAUGAGUAUAUGAGCAUCAACCUCCUCAAAGAGGAGGGGAUCUCUGUGCCAGCCGGCAUGGUGGCCAGCUCCUCUGAUGAGGCUUACGCAGUGGCCAAGCAGAUCGGUUCGAAGGACCUGGUGGUGAAAGCUCAGGUUCUGGCUGGAGGCAGAGGAAAGGGGACGUUUGAAGGCGGCCUGAAGGGAGGAGUUAGGAUCGUCUACUCACCUGAAGAAGCUCGAGACAUUUCAUCUCAGAUGAUUGGUAGGAAACUGUACACCAAACAGACGGGGGAGGCGGGUCGAAUCUGCAACCAGGUGUUCAUCUGUGAGCGCAGGUAUCCACGCAGGGAGUACUACUUUGCCAUCGCAAUGGAGAGGUCCUAUCAGGGCCCGGUGCUGAUUGGCAGUUCACAGGGGGGCGUGAACAUCGAAGAUGUGGCAGCGGAGAAUCCAGACGCCAUCGUGAAAGAGCCCAUCGACAUUGUGGAGGGCAUUAAGAAGGAGCAGGCUGUCAAGGUCGCUCAAAAGAUGGGCUUCCCACCCGCACUGGUGAACGAGGCAGCAGAGAACAUGAUUAAACUCUACAAUCUUUUCAUCAAGUAUGACGCCUCCAUGGUAGAGAUUAACCCCAUGGUGGAGGACUCCUCUGGCAUCGUGAUGUGCAUGGAUGCCAAGAUCAACUUUGACCCUAACGCAGCGUAUCGCCAGAAGAGGGUGUUUGAUAUGCGGGACUGGAGCCAGGAGGACCCGCGGGACCGGCAGGCCGCCACAGCGGACCUCAACUACAUCGGCCUGGACGGAACCAUCGGCUGUCUGGUAAACGGAGCGGGUCUGGCCAUGGCCACCAUGGACAUCAUCAAGCUCCAUGGCGGCACACCAGCUAACUUCUUGGAUGUAGGGGGCGGAGCCACAGCUCACCAGGUGACAGAGGCCUUUAAGCUCAUCACCUCGGACAGAAAGGUUCAGGCCAUUCUGGUCAACAUCUUUGGAGGCAUCAUGAGGUGUGACGUCAUCGCUCAGGGCAUCAUCAUGGCUGUGAGAGACCUGGACCUCAAGAUCCCCAUUGUAGUACGGUUACAAGGAACAAGAGUGGACGACGCCAAAGCUCUGAUCGCUGCCAGCCCACUAAAAAUCCUGGCUUGUGAUGACCUCGACGAGGCAGCUAAAAUGGUUGUAAAGCUUUCUGAAAUUGUGUCUUUGGCUAAAGAGGCUCAAGUGGACAUCACCUUCCAGCUGCCGAUCUAAAAAAGCUGCUACCUCCUCCGUCUCCCAGAAGCCCCUCAGCGUCCCAUGACUCCACUCCUCUCACCGACAGGACUGACCUCGCAGAGACACUCCUACAUUCUUCUGGCUUUGUGGCACGGUGGCAUGGUUCUGGAGAGUUUUCAUUAAUGAACAACCUGCUUAUUUUUCUGAUUGUGUUUGCUGUCUCAACCCCACUUUAAAGUCAGUCCUGCAGUGGUGUUGCAUGUCAGUUUAUAUGCUCAAACCCACAACCUUAAACUCCACUCGCUUCGUCUCUGAGAGGCUGACUUGCAGCCUGCUCAUGUCGUCUUUCACACACACACACACACACACACACACACACACACACACACACACACACACACACACACACACACACACACACACACACACACACACACACACGCACACGCGCACACUUCAUUUAUGUGUUGUAAGAUGAUUCUGUAGUUGGUAACAAGCAAACGUCCUGCCAGUGAUUGGUUGGAGGUCGAACAGCAGUUUCCUCCUGGCAGCCCCAGGGUGGUUUCUGUCUCUGCUCCAGGUGGGACUGUUCAUCCAUCAUUUAUCUCAUCCCAGCCUGGAAGAGGUGUGAGAGGCUGCAGGCUCACUGUGGAGGUCUUAGAUGCUACCGGCUCUGCUGGGUUGGUCUGACUCAACAGUUUACCUUCAGCUUUAAGCAGGUCAGAGUGUGGAGCAUUUGCUGUGGCGGCCGUAGACGCCGACAGUUCUGCUGAGACGUUUGUGGACCUCAGCUUCAGCCACCAUGAGUACUGAAACAUCCAAGUACGUGUUUGAACUUUUGAAUGAAGUCAGCUGUUCCAUUAGCAGUGACGAACUUUAACCCGUCAGUUCAGGACAACCAAGUACAUAAAACAUCCUGUUCUAAUACACGUCACUAACAGUUUUUACGGCCUGAAGGUUUAAAACUCAAUCCAACAGUAACAGAAAACGGAUCCCAAAAACUGGUUUAGUGUGUUUUAUGGUGACGUAAGUAUUCAGUUACGUCUCAAUGUCAUCCUAAUUUUGUGGAGCCUUAAAUGAACCUGAUAAAAUGUCUUUUACAGGCUUUAAAAAUCCUUUAUGUAAGUUUUACAAGUAAACCCACCCACAUCCAGACAGCAACAACAGAUAUCAGCUCACACUGAUGCUGGACCGGGACAAAUCACCCUGUCAGGAGUUUUUAAUCCACUGAGAGUGGAUCGGAACAACAUUUGCCUGGGAUGAUGCAGCAAAUGGAGCGUUUACUGCUGGAUGAAUGAAUCUGCUCAUGCUCCCUCUGCCGUCGUGCCACUGAGCUGCAGCCACUUUAUUUUAGUUUUCCUGGUUUGUAGGGUCAGAACCCCCCCCCCCCCCCCCCCCAAAACACCACCACCAUUUCCAACACAAGCAGACGAUGUGAGAUUUACGUCGUUUAUUUUAUCUUGUAAAUAAACAACAAUGUUCUUGCUCUGUAACAUAUUUAUGAUCCUCGGAAAGGUUCAACAUCUAAGUCUUGAAUAAAUGCAGAGAACAUCGA